UUGAUAUUCUUUUUACAGUCAGAAACGAAGUUCGCUUAAUUAGAACUUCCCUAAUUCGUCGAAGAAGCUAGCUGCUGCUUGCUGUUCCAAAAUCUGGUAUUCAAGUGCUAGCGAUCAAUGGCAGCGCCAGUGGAGAAGCCGUCCGUGCUCAUAUUAGGAGGAGUUGGUUUCAUUGGAAGGCACCUCACCACUCUGUUAGUGGAGGAAGGACUUGUGUCUAAAGUACGAGUGGUGGACAAAGUGCCUCCCUCCACUGGAUGGCUCAACCCUCAACACAAGGAAGUGUUCGCUCAAGUGGAGUUCAAGCAGCUGAACCUUGCCAACGCUGCAAGUGCUGACAAGGCGUUUGCUGACGGCCCAUUCCAAAUUGUCUAUAAUCUGGCGGCUGAAACUAAAUACGGCCAAUCAGAACAGGUUUAUGAGGAGCGUGUUUUGAGGGUGGCUAUGAACUGUGCUACAGUCGCAGCUAAAGCAGGGUCAAAGUUCAUCCAUAUAUCCACUGGCCAAGUGUAUGAUAGCUCUAAAGGUGUGAGCACUGAAGAGAGUAAAGUUGACCCUUGGACCCUACUGGCUAAAUACCACCUCAGAGCAGAGCUAGCCCUCAAGAAUAUACCAGAACUGCAGUACUUGAUCGUGAGACCUGCCAUAGUAUAUGGCAUAGGAGACAGGAAUGGACUCACACCCAGACUAGUGAUCGCUGCAGUGUACCGUCACCUCGGAGAGAAGAUGAAGUUGUUGUGGAGUGAAGAGUUGAGAAUGAACACAGUACAUGUUAGUGACGUCUCCAGGGGGCUGUGGUUGCUAGGGACAACCGGCGGAGGGAAGGGGGAGGUCUACAACAUGGUGGAUGCUGGGGAAACUACUCAAGGUGUCAUCACUCAACUGGUGUCAGAGCUGUUUGCUAUUAAAGCGAGCUAUUUCGGGUCCAUCCUCUCAAACCUAGCAAAGUUGAACAUGUCUGGAGCUACUGAAGAGAGCAAUGAUAAGCACUUGGCACCGUGGUCUGAGGCUUGUACUCAAGACAGUGUAUCCAACACCCCACUCUCGCCCUACCUUGAUCAGGAGCUCCUGUACAACAGACAUCUACACCUUGAUGGAGGGAAGCUACGAACUCUCGGCUUUGACUAUAGAGUCCCUAAACCAACUCUUGACCUACUCAGAGAGGUGGUAAUGGAUUAUGUGGCUAAUGGCCAGUUCCCACCAUCACUCCUACCGUAGCACACUGAGUGGGCGUGUGUGUGUGUGUGUGUGUGUGUGUGUGUGUGUGUGUGGAGCCUUCAUUCGACAGUAGACUAGUGAAUCAUAGACUGACCUAAUGUACAUUUCAUUGCUUGAAUUUUUUAUACACCAUGUUGAAAACUGUCUUUAAUAAUUUCCUAAUGACAACA